AUGUUAGAUGCUUGGGAUAUCUUAUUGUCAAAGUUAGAAGAUUUUUCAGUUCGAGGUAUAAAGUUCUAUACACCAUCUCCAAACUUCUAUUCUAUCUUCACUGGAUAUAAAUACGAACAAGUAGAAUGGACUUUCAAAGUUAACGCUCCAGAGGAUCAUAAUAAGACAAAGUUACUUGUUGUUGUUGAGUUCGCCGCCAAUCAUACAUCCGAGUUAGGUACCGGCAAUGUUACAUAUUCUGACACACUCUCCACACCAGUUAUCGAUAGAGUUCUUUACAACGAUGGCAACGAAGUAAUUUCAGGCAAUUUAUACUCAGCCAAAAUCAUACUCAAAAGUAACUUAACAAUUACAAAGACAUAUUAUCUCUUUGCAACAGAAAGCAACGCUUCCAGCGCCUCUGUCACUAGCGUCAAAACAUCACAAAAUGUUAGCACUGCAACAGCCGUAGCAAGCACGAACAAGACAGAAUGGACUUUCAAAGUUAACGCUCCAGAGGAUCAUAAUAAGACAAAGUUACUUGUUGUUGUUGAGUUCGCCGCCAAUCAUACAUCCGAGUUAGGUACCGGCAAUGUUACAUAUUCUGACACACUCUCCACACCAGUUAUCGAUAGAGUUCUUUACAACGAUGGCAACGAAGUAAUUUCAGGCAAUUUAUACUCAGCCAAAAUCAUACUCAAAAGUAACUUAACAAUUACAAAGACAUAUUAUCUCUUUGCAACAGAAAGCAACGCUUCCAGCGCCUCUGUCACUAGCGUCAAAACAUCACAAAAUGUUAGCACUGCAACAGCCGUAGCAAGCAACAAGACAGAAUGGACUUUCAAAGUUAACGCUCCAGAGGAUCAUAAUAAGACAAAGUUACUUGUUGUUGUUGAGUUCGCCGCCAAUCAUACAUCCGAGUUAGGUACCGGCAAUGUUACAUAUUCUCUUGGAACGUCUCCAUAUUUAUCUGCGCCAACUGUUGUUGCUGAAAAUCAUACAGGACCAUUCAAGGCCGGUGAAUAUAUUCCAGUUAAAGUUACAUUACAACACUUUGAGGCAAAGACAGGAAACUUCCAAUAUAGAUUCUAUGCAGAUCAGAAAUGGAUAGAUCUCCCAGACGACAAUGUAACUGAAGUAGAAACCCCAUCUGCAAUUAAGAAAUUACAUGCCGACGAAGGCAAAACAUAUCUACUCAACAUUCCAGCUCCAAAGUAUGAAGAUAUCAAAGAAGAUGGGAAAGUUAAACUUCAAAUUAGGUUAGCUGGAUCCAAAGAUCAAGCUCAAUCCAAUAUCAUUGAAACAGAGGUUUCACUUCAGAAACAACAAUACGUUGCACCAAGCCCUGAUGAUUCCAAGCCAACUCCAACACCUGAAAAUAGUGGACUUACUGGUGGACAGAAGGCUGGUAUUGUUAUUGGCGUUCUUCUUGCUGUUAUCCUUAUUAUUCUCAUCAUCUACUUCGUUUUCUGCAGGAAACCAUCUAAAGAUAAAUCAUCAUCUGAUAUCCAAGAUGAUUCCGGCUCCGGUGUUAAUGUGUAA